CAGUGCCCUCCGACCUUUCGCUCGCCCUGGCGCCAUUUGAGUCUAGCUCAGCGUGCCCCGCCUUGGAAUUCUUCCGCUCGUUGGAGCCGAACCCUCACUGCAUGCGAUAUCGGGCACAACAACGGAAAUGUUGUCCAUGUCGCCCCAGACGCCAAACGGCGCGCAAGGGAAUCCGCCAAUAUCCUACGUCGCCAGCCCGACGAGCGCCCGCUCCCAGACGUUCAAGCGACCCGCCUCUAGCGACGACGAGGAAAAUGGCGACGGUGGGAGUACGCGCCCCGGCAGCAGACGCAGCACUGUGGUGAAGCGCGCCUGCAACGAGUGUCGCCAGCAAAAGCUCAGAUGCAACGUCCAGCAGGACCCCUUCGUGAGCUGCGCGCGAUGCCAGAAACAAGGCCUGAAAUGCGUAAUCGAGCCCAACUUCAAGCGCGUAGGAAAGCGCACUAGAAAUGCCGAAAUGGAGCGCGAGAUGGAGCAGCUGCGCAACCGUCUGGCCAUGUACGAGCAGGGCAGAGCGAACCACAUGCCCAUGGUCAGCACGCCGCAGCAGCAACAGUUGGCAGACGGUACAUUUUCCGCGCCCGGCACGAUCAAGGUCGACGAGGACGAUGCCUUCUUGCAGACGCAGCAUCAACAGGUUGCUGCGACCUCGCUGCUGGACUUGCGGAGCGGAUCCCCUAUGAUGCAUUCGCUUGAAAGCCUUCGCCUGCCGCCCGCGCAGGUCACAGAGCUGUUUACCGAAUUCUUCGACAAGUACCACCGCUUCCUGCCCUUCCUCGACCCGUUGCGCCAGCCUGAAGAAGUCCUCACCAAAGACAAUAAGCUCCUCUUCUGGGCCAUCAUCAGCGUUGGAGCGCGCCACUACAAGCGCGACCAGGGGCUGCUGAACCGCCUGAAGGACCCGUUGACAGACCUGAUAUGGAAGACGAUCAAGGGUCAGACGAAUCAUCACGUAGUGAAGGCGCUGUGCCUUCUUUGCUACUGGCCGCUACCGCAGCAUCGGACGGUGAUGGAUCCCACCUUCGUACUUUGCGGAGUUAUGAUGCAGGUCGCUAUCCAGAUCGGACUGCACCAGCCAACGCAUCCGCAGGACUUUUCGAGGACCAAGGUGCGAUUGCAAAAAGAGGAUAUUCAAGAUAGGCUGCGAACGUGGGCUGUCUGUAACAUUGUGGCCCAGACCGUUUCUACAGGUCAUGGUCAGCCAUCGAUUACUCUAUACGAUAACACGUUGGACUUCAAGAUGGAUGACGAGGAGCAUGCUGGAACGCUGCCUCCCGACAUCUUUGUCCGACUGCGUCAGGAAAUGGCCGCGAGCCGCAUUAACAAGCUCCUGUACUCCAUGAACAAUAAUCGAUUCUCCGAAGGAGCUGCAACAACCUAUAUGGGUUUGGAAGCAGAUCGUCUUCGGGAAGAGCGUGGAGCUUUUGAUGGUGUCAACAAAGAACUGGAAGAACUACACCAUUGCGCGGUCAGCCUGCACUUGCAUUUGUACUCUUUCUUCAACAGAGAAGCUCGCCUCGAGCGCCGCGAUGAUCUUGUACAACUGUACUGGUCCGCGACUUCAUAUCUCGACCGCGUAUUCAAGUUACAACGCGACGGACAGCUCAUUCAUACACCAUAUCAUAUCAUGCAGCUAGCACUGGCAGCCGGCUUUGCAUUGCUCAAGCUCCUCAACUCAGAUUUCUCAGCAAGGCUGCCGUCAGACGGUCGACAAUAUGUUCUACAGACUGUAGAGGCUCUACGGAAAUCCAAAGUCGAGACUAACGACUUGCUCGACCGAUUUGCGGAGGUUUUGGCCCAGCUGUGGAAAGAGAGUUCUCGCGGACGCAGUCUGCAUAGCAUGUCUCAGUCGCCUGUUGUUAGCAAUCCUGGUGUCGCGAACAUGUUCAACAACAAUGUGCAAGCCCCUCAACAGCAGCAGUCGGGCCAUCGGAGAGAUAGCUCUGGUCUGCUCGAAGAUCCUCUCGGGCUCAUCGUUCGCAGCCGGAUGAGCAUGAGCGUUGUAUUUGAUUGUGUAUGGCGUUGGCGCGAAUCGCAAGUCAGUGGCGCUGCGGAGCAGCUGGACACGACAGUGCGAGAUAACCCAACAAAUCCCGACAGUUCGUCCAACUCCACCCCUCCACCCGGCCUGAUCGUGGAAAACCCGGCCCACAGCCUUCCAAGUUUCAAUCCGCACCUUAACACGCUCAGCAUGCCAGCGCAGUUGCCGAAUGGCUUGGCAAGCGCCAACAGCUAUGAGUUCUUCGACUCCGUGAGUUGGAUGCUCGAGGCACAAGACUGGAAUAAUCAGUAUGGCGGUGUCUUUACGAACGACUUUGGGUCUUAGACGGGCUCUUCGUAUGAGCACCAUACGAACCUAGACUACCUUUUCCUCUAGCCGAGAUUCAGGAGGUCUGCAGCCGACACUUGCCGAUACAUAUCGCUAUUGCUGGUCACCAUGGCUUGGAUAAGCCACUCGCUCAGUCUUAAACACACAUCAUUCUUUACAUCUCAUUUUCUUAGUACCGGCUAUACCCACGGUUCCGGUCCUUCACUUUUUUCUACACAUUGUUGCUUUUGGGUAUGCUUCGGAUCUUUUAGCGAGGCGUUCAGGCGCCUAGGCGGCAUUAUUCUAGUAUUGUGGUAUCGGUUUGUAUUCCACGUGUAAAAGGGGAGAUGGCCUGCGAGAAGAG